UCACAUCACAUGGUUACUCAGGGCAUUCACAUCACAUGGUUACUCAGGGCAUUCACAUCACAUGGUCACUCAGGGCAUUCACAUCACAUGGUCACUCAGGGCAUUCACAUCACAUGGUCACUCAGGGCAUUCACAUCACAUGGUUACUCUGGGCAUUCACAUCACAUGGUUACUCAGGGCAUUCACAUCACAUGGUCACUCAGGGCAUUCACAUCACAUGGUCACUCAGGGCAUUCACAUCACAUGGUCACUCAGGACAUUCACAUCACAUGGUCACUCAGGACAUUCACAUCACAUGGUCACUCAGGGCAUUCACAUCACAUGGUCACUCAGGACAUUCACAUCACAUGGUCACUCAGGACAUUCACAUCACAUGGUCACUCAGGACAUUCACAUCACAUGGUCACUCAGGGCAUUCACAUCACAUGGUCACUCAGGGCAUUCACAUCACAUGGUCACUCAGGGCAUUCACAUCACAUGGUCACUCAGGGCAUUCACAUCACAUGGUCACUCAGGACAUUCACAUCACAUGGUUACUCAGGGCAUUCACAUCACAUGGUCACUCAGGGCAUUCACAUCACAUGGUUACUCAGGGCAUUCACAUCACAUGGUUACUCAGGGCAUUCACAUCACAUGGUUACUCUGGGCAUUCACAUCACAUGGUUACUCUGGGCAUUCACAUCACAUGGUCACUCAGGGCAUUCACAUCACAUGGUCACUCAGGGCAUUCACAUCACAUGGUCACUCAGGGCAUUCACAUCACAUGGUUACUCAGGGCAUUCACAUCACAUGGUUACUCUGGGCAUUCACAUCACAUGGUUACUCUGGGCAUUCACGUCACAUGGUCACUCAGGGCAUUCACGUCACAUGGUCACUCAGGGCAUUCACAUCACAUGGUCACUCAGGGCAUUCACAUCACAUGGUCCUUUCAGAUACUGACAGAUUCUUCCUCAGCUCUUGUCUUUCCACAUGUGAAAUUCUAAUUUCAGAGACCUGUUUGCUUAACGCCAUUGGAGUCUGUCAAGACUAUUUAUUGCAAAUCCAUCUACUCCAGAAGGCCACUUGCCUUCCUUGUUUAGUGCGCCUGCCUGGCCUCCCUCUCUGAUUGCAUCGUUCUUGCUGCAUUUUGUUCUACUGUCUUGGGAGAACUGUGCACUUUCUUCCUAAUACACCUAUUAUGUAUUGUGUAUCCCAUCACUCCUUUGGAACAUUACAUUGUAUGACAAUAGGAAUCUUCUCUGUUGUCUUCUCUGGUGUAUGAACCAGAACCUGGGGCAUACAUAGUAGGUUCUGAGAAGGUCCAUGUUAACCGACUGCUAUUGCAUAGAACACGAUCAUAUGUUUCAUAGAAUCCAUCAAUUGAAACUCUGCUCGGGAAUUGUCUCUAAUCGUGUAAAGAAAAUAGGAGAAAUUGUUUGAUUGAAUAAAGAGAUUAAGCUUAAAGAACAUAUAGUCUUUGCUAUACUUUCCUGGUAUUCAGCUGUGCUAACACCCCUGAUAUAUGAAGUGUUUCUCAAUUCCUAUGGAAAAAAUUUGAAAAACCGAUAGAAAAAUGAGUGAGGUUCAGGAAAGGUAACUGACAGGGAAGGGAAUAUAAAUGUCCAGGAGAAGCAUGUCCAGCAUCAGGCUCAGUUGCACUGUCUGUCACAAGGCUGACAUUUUUCUCAGAUAGAAUUUUAUUUCAGUAUGUAUGAUACCCAUGUAUCAGGUUCAGAAACAAUGUGUGUGCUUAGAAGUGAAAUGGUAUUAAGCAGACUAAGCAUUCAUACAAUGUUGGUAAAGGAAGUACUAUGGUACAGCUCUUAAGAAUCUCAGCUGAGGACUAUUCUGAUGUGUAGAUAUAUAGCUGUAUGUGUAUGUAUUUCAACUAUGUUUACACUAGCAAAAGUAGGAAAAUAACCUGAUCUUUAGAGUAUAAUUCUUGAAGGAUGUCUAGUAUUGCAAAUAGUUAUGUGGGAAUCUGUGAAAGUGAUGGGAAAGACCCAGGAAAACUAGUCCAAUAGCUUUUGUGUGUGAGCUAAAACGAAGUAAGUUACUAAGGAGAAAUUUACUCUUUUUAAUGGUCAUAAAAUGUCUGCCAUGUUCUGUGUUUGAAUGCAUCAGGUUGAUGGCAGAAAUAUGAAAAUUACUAACUUUUUAUCACUAUGUCUUUCCUCCUAAAAGUUAGUUAAAAAUGACAAGAGGACGAAAAUACAGGUAUCAAUUUAACAUGAUAUGUUAAAUAGAAAUUAGAAGACUCUCAGGGGAACUACUUGAUAUUGUAUGUGCUUCCGAGCUUCAAACUGCCCUGCAUUAUUGUACAUCUUGGAAUGUGCUAGUGUGUGUCAGAAAGGCUCCCUGAAGAGAUGCUCUAUCCCAGUGAGAUGCUCAUUUACUGUCAGGGAACGGGCAUUGUCCCAGGCUUUAAAAUUAUAGCAAAUUAAAUUAUUAUAUAAUACAUAUAGUACUUUUAUCUUUCAUAUUUAUUAUAUUAUAAUUUCCUGAGUCCAGAUUCAUAUCAAAGCUUGCGGAGUUUUUGAUGUAAUGAUUCCCCCGGGGGGGGGGGGGGGAGGGCAAGAUGACACAUGUAUUUAAACAGCCUGUUACCUAUAAAAGUUUCAGUGUUGGUAUUAAUUUAGGAUUGAGAAGGUCCGCUACUUAAUAUGAUUUAAGGUACAAAGGCAUAUUAUUCAAAAACUAUUUUUCUGUCUGAGGGUACAUUAGUAGACUUAGCUAUAGAUAGAUAGGGUUAGAUUUCUUGCCCUGGAGAUCUUUAUAUAGAAAUCAUACUCAUGGUAUUUUAGAUUGUUUUGGAAUGUUAUUACCAAAAACUUUGGGACUCAAUUAAAUAGGUGCUUUCUCCCCAUACUUCCUUCAUUGCCAGAACAUCCACUGUUAGUGUAGGAGUAGAAGUGUACACACACACACACACACACACACACACACACACACACACACAUGCAUGUUCAUAAUGUGGCCUCACAGUGGCUAAUUUACUAAUCUGAUAUCUUUGAUGAUUUUUAAAGUCAGACCUUCCCCUCGCCCAUUAAUAUUUUAUUGGUCAUUAUUUAAGUACUCUGUGAAUUUACCCUAUCUGGGUAAUCUUGUAUAUUUCCAUGAUACAAAGUUUCUCCUUACCUCUCAAGUCUUUCCUACUCUCCAGGCCCAUAACCAUUCAUCUGCUUGACAUUUUCACUUUAGUGUCUAACAGAUAGUUCAAGUUGAAAAUGUCCAGAUCAAGCCACAUGUCUCGUCCUUUCUUCCCAUCAUCUGCAUCACUGAACACAUAGUAUUCAUAGCUAUUUUCAUCUUUUACUUCUUAAGUUAAAUAUUGAACUAUUGAAAAACAAUUGAACAAUUGAAAUAUUGAAAAAUAAAAAAUUGAGAGCCAUAAAUUGCAUAUUAAAUUUUUUAAAAUUUUCAGUUAUACUUUUCUGCUAACUAGAGUUAAGAAUUCUUGAACAUAUAUUUAAGUGCAUAUGUACCAAAAUGGAUAUGGGAAUACUUUAAUAAUAACAUGAGUAGCCUUUUUUUAUUUAACCUGUGAGUAAUUGUAAAUAGCCAUACUUCUAUAACAAAACUUCAGUUUAGUAAAAUCUUAUUUUUUUAAAGCAGUAAGACUACUCUAAAUUAUUCUCACUUCUAAAAUAGAUGUCUCUGCCAUAUCGUAUCAUUUUACACGUUCUCUGGUUCCCUGCAGUUGACUCUAACAGCUUUCCUUUUCCUAUAACUGUCUAGAGUGCUUGUCAUCUCAGAGUAACAGUGGUAGUUUGAAGUGCUUCUCUGCUAGCAAGCAUGGACGGCUUCCUAUUCCUCAUUCCAGCUACACCUCCCAAGCACUGAUGCAAUGCAACUUGAAAAUAGACUUCAUUCACAGAAAUGAAGACUGUUUCAGAAGCAAAGCAAACUAGCAUUAAUUCAAAUAAGUAUACUAAAUCUUUUUUCCCCUUUAGAAGUUUUAUGGAGUCUAUUGUUCAUUUUCUGUCCCUUCCAGUGCCAGACAAAAUGGGGUUCAGUCUCUCCAUCACUAUCCUAGCUAACACGCAAAAGAAAAAAAUAAUGUGUUAAGAAAAAAUGAGGCAGCACCUCUACAAACAUUCUAGAGAUGCUCAUGUAUAUCAGGUAUAGUAUUAGUUUAAAACACAAAGCUUGAAAGAAAGGGAGGGACAUUUGUGAUACUGUUACUCCGGAGUGAGUCCGUAGAUCCCACGCACACUGAGCAUCCUACUAACUAGCCCCUCUCACCACCCAGUCAAAUAACACUCAGCCUUACACCUCUAAAAUUCAUCUGAACACAUUUUCAUGGCUGGAUUACGCUACCCACUCGCAGAUAGUAUGAAAUUAGAAAACGUGGUGGAAAGUAUACCUUAAUCAUAGUGAACAUGUAGGAAUCAGGUGGAUGGAAUAUACUUAAUUGUUUAUUUGUCAGUGUAACAGUAUUAGUUUUUUAAGUCACUGAAAACCUGGUAGUGUUGUUUUCAGAAACUUUCUGAUAAGAUUAAAACGUGACUGCUCUUAACUUUUAAAUAUUUCAAUAUAUGCAAUAUGUGACUUGAAAUUUUAGGAUUUGAGGAUGAUAAACAAUACUCUUGGUUUAAGAAACCAGAGUUAGAGAUUAAUGAUAUGCAGUUAAGAGUGCUUCCUCGUUCUGUAACAGACCUGGGUUCCGUUCCCAGCACCCUUCCCCAAGAAGGUUUAAAUUACCUCCAGCUCCAGGAGACAUGAAGCUCUCUUCUGGCCUCCGUGGUCACCACAUAUGCCAGAUACAAUUAUAGACAUGCAAGAAAAAUACACACAUGAGAUAAAUAAAUCUCUUUUUAAUUAAAACAUAUUUAAUCCAAUGGUGGGUAUUUUGUACAUAGACAUAUAAAUGUCUCUCUGUGUUUAUGGUAAAUCAUCUUUUAAAUAGUUUAUUCCCUUACAAAUAUAUAUUUUUUUUACUUUGAUUCUCUGAUUAUUACCCAUGUGUAACUUAAAUCAGGUAUAAAUAGGAAUGGUAAAGUCAGAUAAGAGGGUGACCUAUGGGCAAAUGACUGUGGCUAACUUCUGCUUAGAAGAAAUACCAUAGUAAGAAUUGUGGGGAAAAUGACCUUUUAGGGGUAUGAAGUUUGAUUUUUUUUUAUAGGUAGCUGCAGCUAAAUUGAUGGUAGGAUAUACAAGACUUCAAGAGGUGAAAGCACACACACUGACAAAACAGUCAGUUGUAAGGAGAGAGAAAACCUUCCAGUCAGCUGGAAAACACCAAAGAUCAAUGCAAAGAGAAACACAAUAAGCGUGGGAUACACUUAGGAAUUCACAGCUAAACUGUGGACUGAGUAUGGGGUUUUUAUGACUCCAGAUGAUAGACACAAAAUGCUAGAGUCGAAGCACACUCUAGCGUAGUGUACAGUCUGUAGCGCCUCCGCCUAGUUCAGUGCAGAGUCUUACUGGGGAGCCUUACUGAAGGAUUUGAAAAGGGUUUUGGUUUGGUUUGGUUUGGUUUUUUUUUCCAGGAUUUUUGUAUGUGUGAUAAAUCUUAACAUAGACAUUAUCCACAAAAAAAAAAGAAUGUUUCAGAAGGAAAGCAAAAUACUGUUAAGUCAAAUAAUUCUAGAAUAAGUUCUAUUUCAUCUUUAUAAUUGCCUAAGGUAGAAUUAGGGUUAGAAUUAUAAUUAUAAUUCUUUUUUAUUAGAUGUUUUCUUCAUUUACAUUUCAAAUGCUAUCCCCUUUCCUAGUUUCCUCUCCAAAAAUCCCCUAUACUCUCCUCCCUCUCCCUGCUUCCCAACCCACCCACUCCCACUUCUUUGCCUUGGCAUUCCCCUAUACUGGCGCAUAGAAUCUUCGCAAGACCAAGGAUCUCUCCUCCUAGUGAUGGCCGACUAGGCUGUCCUCUGCUACAUAUGCAGCUGGAGAUUCUUUAAAGACAAAUGAUUUUCCUGGAAAACUCUACUAAAAUUAAUAACUGUUAAAAUAUCCUCCCAAAAGCCUCCAUAAAAUAAAACUAACUUAGGCAGCAACUUUGAAUAUAUUUGCCAAUUCUAAGAAGUGGUUUUAAAUUUGUGUUUUAUAGCUUCCAAAAUUUAGCUAUUAUUAUCACAGGACUAAAUAAAAUUAGAAUAAAAAACUAUUUUAUAUGUUCAAACCAAAUAAAGAGUGUGUGUAAGAUGUAGAAAUGCACUCACAUGUGCCCAGCCUGGAGCAUGGAUUUGUGUUCAUUGCCUGCUUCCUUCAAGAGCAGAAUGGCCAGACCUCACCAACUGCCUUUAAAAUGUCACUUUGCAGAUUUGGGUUCUAAGAUAGCAUUGGUGAUACUUGCUUCAAAUUAGCUAAUGCAUUACAAAAAAAAUUCAAAUACAGAAGCUAAACUUGCACUCAGAUGUUAGAGAUGAUUUAGCCACCUAGUCUAACAUCUGUGCCUCAUUGAGAGUGAAGAUGCUACUUCAGUGCCCUGUCAGUGACUGCAGUUGCAGGUUUGAUGAGCCCAGGGGUGGGAUCUAGAUAGAGACGUGGUUGUCAAUGAAUACAAAUGCAAGGUUAGUAUCUAGCUUUUUAGUUUCAGGGUUUUUGAAAGUGCUGUACUUGUGUGUUUGAGCAAUAUGACUUUAUUGUGAUGAAGUAAGACAGAAUGUGUUGAUUCUUGUGGCAGGAUACUCAGUAUAAAUUCACAAAAUGGCCAAAGUACACUGUCCUAAGCACUCAAUGACUACAGUAAUUUCUCACCACUGCUCGAUGACAGGGUAACAAGCACUACGUCUAACUAUAACUACCUUCUAAAAUGGACAGUCACAUCAUCAGAAUCUAUAGGUGAUGUAACUCUCACACCCCCUCAACUUAAGAAGCAUCCUAAAUCAUUAUUAACAAUUUGGUGGUCAAUUUCCAUAAACUUAAAAUGACUAUUUGUCCAAUUAAAAAGUUGUUGAUAAUAAUUUUAUUGAUCUUUACCUCUAAAUAUAGCCAUAAAAUGAAUAAGAUAUUUGUGGAUAACCCCCCUCCCCCAGGCUACUAGGUAAAAAGGAACAUGAAAUUAAUGUUUUGAAAGGUUUAAGUGAGUAUUUUCUACAGCUGUCUGUGUUAACUUUGCUUUCAUUAAUCUACGCUGUUUCUUGGAGCAGAGAGAGUCUUUAAGCUGCAACAGAUGAAGAACCAGUAGCGGCAUUCUGAUAUUUUAGCUCUAUGAAGACAUUACCAUCUGUACAGUUAUAAGUCCCUCUUUUGACAUGCUGGUUUCUAUAGACUGUAUUGCAAAGUGCAGAGAUUUGAGGAAACUUUUGUUUAAUAAUUUUGACUUGAAGAUUGCUUUUUUUACUUGAAAAUUGCAUUUUCCUUUGGAAACUCAUUGUACAAGGUAGUUUUAUUAAAGUAUGAUAAAAGUCACUUUAAAGUUGUGGUAUUUCCAUCUUAAUAAAUUAUGUUUAAACUAAUUAUCAA